GGUAAUCCAGGCUGAUGGGGAGUUAGAUGGGGAUGUUGGACAUCGUGUUGGAGUGGCUUGGGCCAAAUGGCGGUUAGCUUCAGGGGUUUUGUGUGAUCUGAAGAUUUCGCCCAGGAUGAAAGGUAAGUUCUAUCGAUCCGUAGUCAGACCUGCUAUGUUAUAUGGGACAGAGUGUUGGGCGGUUAAGAAGACUCAUGUGCGUCGUCUGCAUGCGGCGGAGAUGCGGAUGUUACGAUGGAUGUGUGGGAAGACAAGGUUGGAUAGGAUUCCGAACGAAGUUAUCCGACGUCAGGUGGGCAUGGCGCUAGUGGAAGAUAAGUUGCGGGAAACAAGGUUGAGAUGGUUUGGUCAUGUGAGACGGCGGGAUGCUGAUGCCCCUGUUGAGCCGGGGGUCUCUUGGAAACAGCCUCCCUACUUUCGAGUAGGGGUAAGUGAGAUAAAUAUUAAGAACAAUGAGGUGAAGUACUCAUUGCAUUCAAACAAAGCCUUUGUCUUUGAUCUUAAUGUGUCAUUCGAGGAGGUCUUCGAUGAACUCCUCGAUGCUAUUGGUGGAGAUAAUCUCAAUUCAAUCAAGAGAAUUUGGGGAAAAUAUCCCAAAUACAAGGAUCGAGUAUAUGCCGCUUCAUGCCCUUUCCCCAUUUCCGAGGAGCGAACAUGGAGGUGUUUUGUUCAAAAGGCAACUAAGCAAUAUGAUGAACUUGAGGUGUACCUAGAUGCACACCAAGUUGAAGUCCAGGCUCGCGAGGAAGAAGAAAUAGCCGCAUCCUAGGAGGAGGAAAUGGAGGAAGAGCAAAACCACCACCACUAAGAACAACAAAGUUGGGGAACACAUCAAUUUUCAUGUCAACAUGGCACAACACAUGGAUGAUGAAGAUGACUCUAAUGAUCCUAUGUACGUUGAUAAUUUAGAUCAUGAGAGUUCUUCUGAUGAGUCUUAAGUAUCUGGAUGGGUCUCUAUGUACACACCGGACGUGUACACAGAGGAGCCUAUCAACAUUGUUAAUUCUAUCGAUGUUAAAUAUGCAAUUCCAAAUAUUCCGGUUCAUAGGCACGUUGAAGAAGUCUCACUACAACCAACGUUCCGUAUCCCUGAAAUUCAAAUUGGAUAUCGCUAUGGUAAUUUCAAAAGCCUUCAAUUUGCGGUGGCACUAUGCAAUAUUGCGGAGCAUAGACAUUUCCAGACUAUGUCAAAGCGUCGUAAUUAUUAGCGAAUGAAGUGCUCGUAUCCGG